UGGAUGCGCGCGCACCUUCUUGCGUGCGCCUGCUUCGUACGAUACAUGAGUAAUUGCGAGCCACCAUCGUCGAGCUGGGUUUUAGAGAUUUAGGGAUUAGGGUUUCUGCGAGCCCCAGGGAAGCCAUGGCUUCGUGGGCUCUCCCCGCUCCCACGACCGUAGUCCCAACUCUCUCCCCUUCGAUCGAUCGCCCUCGCUCGUGGAAUGUCGCCUUCGUCCUCUUUCUCGGUUCCAACUCUCCUUCUCCCUUCGUUUCCUCGGUUUCCACCUCCUCUGUCCGCAGCUGCGGGUUCCGGGCCACGCGAGUACGGUUUGCCGCUGCCGAAGACGGGUGGUGUCCGUCUUCGACCUCCGGCUUGCCGGCCGUCGAUGAAGCACGGGAAGCCGUGGUCGAGAUACUGCGGGAGUUCGGAGCCUCACAGGAGGACUCCGUUUAUAUCGCCGCCAAUUCGCCGUGCUAUGUAGAGAUGCUCGUGGGGAACGUGCAAGAGCUGGAUGAGCUCGGCCUGUGGGGUUCAUGGAAUAGCGAGAUUGUGGAAGAGAACAUGGACAUGAGUAGCCUUAGUUUCAGGAAGAAGGUGUACUACAUGGCCAAAAGUAAGGGAGAUAAGGGCGUGCUUCCUUAUCUGGAGAGCAUUGGCGUCAAACUCUCCUCUGCUUUGCUCAUUGCUAGGUAUUUGUCCUCGGAGAAGCUUCGUCAGCUGAUUGAUAAGGUCAAUUUUGUGAGUGGAAUUUUGUUUCCAAGCAGUAUUAAUAAGGCACUUAUCGGAAGAAAUGCUAGACGAAUGAUGAUGUACCUAUCGAUUCCUGUGGAUGAGGAUGUUCAGAGCACUUUGUCCUUUUUUGAAAAAAUGGAGGCAAGACAUGGAGGUCUAAGUAUGUUAGGUCACAAAGAUGCCUCAUUUCCCUAUCUGGUCGAAUCAUUUCCAAAGCUUCUUUUGUGCUCUGUAGAAGACCAUUUUAAACCAUUGGUUGGCUUUCUUGAACUUCUUGGUGUUCCUGAAGCAGGCAUUGCAACUAUACUAUUGUCAUUCCCCCCUAUCAUUUUCUGUGAUAUUGAGAAAGAAAUCAAGCCUAAACUGUGUGCAUUUAGCAAAGGUUUCGAAGAAAAAGAUAUUGCAAAGAUGCUGAUGAAAUAUCCAUGGAUUCUUUCAACCAGUAUUCAAGAGAAUUAUGAGAAGAUACUGGCUUUCUUCAAUGAAAAGAAGGUUCCAAAAUCAAGUGUCGACCUCGCAAUUAGGAGUUGGCCACAUAUAUUGGGUUGUUCGGCUACAAAGAUGAAGUCAAUGGUGGAGCAAUUUAAUGAAUUUGGUGUUAAGAAGAAGAUGCUGGUUCCAGUUAUUACCUCUAGCCCACAGCUCCUACUGAAGAAACCUAAAGAAUUUCAAGAGGUCGUAUCAUUUAUGGAAGAAAUUGGUUUUGAUAGCAAAACCAUUGGUAGGAUUUUAUGUCGCUGUCCAGAAAUAUUUGCUUCUAGUGUUGAUAACACCUUGAGAAAGAAAGUCAAUUUCCUUGCUGAUUUUGGUGUCUCAAGAGAUUGUCUUCUUCGGGUUGUCAGAAAAUAUCCAGAAAUGCUACUUUUGGAUACUGAUAACACUUUACUUCCCAGGAUGAUCUUUCUUAUGAGGGUUGGGCUGUCUAAGAGGGAAGUAUGCUCCAUGAUCUGUAGAUUUUCUCCCAUACUGGGCUAUAGCAUUGAAAUGGUUCUGAAACCAAAGCUUGAUUUCCUCUUAAGAACCAUGAAGAAGCCACUAAAGGAAAUUGUCGAAUACCCAAGGUAUUUCAGCUACUCACUGGACAAGAAGAUAAAACCCAGAUUCUGGGUGAUUCAUAGUAGAAAACUCGAAUGUAGUUUGAAGGACAUGUUGUCUAAGAACGACGAUGAGUUUGCACAAGAAUAUAUGGGGAUCGGAAGAUUCCUAGUGGUGCCCUCAGUUCCACCCAAAGAUGGUUCAUAGAAGAAAGAUGUGAAACCAUUUAGGAAUCAAUUCCAAAGUGCAUGAUUAUUCUCAUUUAUAUGACAAAGGCAAAGCUGGAUAUGUACUGCUAGUUCCAUGUGAUAUGACUAUGAACAUUAACAGCCACAUCCAGUAUUUCUAUGGGUACAAGUCAUCAAAAGGGGUGAAACCUGUUCUCCACUAUCAAAGCUAAGGCAACUGAAUAUAUAUCAACAUCACAGUGUGAUAUGUUCACAGAGAGAUUUGGUACUGUUCCAAAUAAGAUCUUCCAUGUCUGAAGAGUUGAUGAUGUGGAAUCUGUGGGUUAUGGCUUUAUUUCUUGAGCCUUUCAUGUUUUUCCCACAUUUUGCAUGUAUCAACUGCAGAUGUUUAUAGAUUUGUGCUUAUGAAUGCAGAGCAUUGAUGUGAAAUUCUAGUUAUUAUUACGAAAUAACUUCUCACCCA